AUGCCGCCCACGCGUGGGCACGUGCCAGGCACACUGACGGUUGGGCAUGUUUGCUACUGCUCAGUUUCUCUGUUUAGAGCACUCCAUGAAAAAGACCAUAAAGCGAAAGGCCUUACCCGGAUGCAGUUUUUUCUCAUUGCCUUGACAGCAAGCUUUCUCUACUAUGCACUCCCCGGCUAUCUCUUCUCCAUCUUGACGUUCUUCUCAUGGGUCUGCUGGGCUUGGCCACACAGUAUCACAGCUCAGCAGGUCGGAUCAGGUUACAAUGGACUUGGUGUUGGUGCCUUCACCCUCGAUUGGGCUGGGAUUUCUGCUUAUCAUGGCAGCCCCCUCGUCACGCCAUGGACUUCCAUUCUCAACGUUGGGGUUGGAUUUGUCAUCUUCAUCUACAUCAUUGUCCCUCUUUGUUAUUGGAAGUUUAACACCUUCGAUGCUCAAAAGUUCCCUAUAUUUUCCAACAAGCUGUUCACUUCUACUGGACAUAAAUACGAAACUACCAAGAUCUUAACACCCCAGUUUGAUCUUAAUAUUGAUGCCUAUAAUAGUUACGGCAAGCUUUAUCUUAGCCCCCUUUUCGCUUUGUCCAUUGGAUCGGGAUUUGCAAGAUUUUCAGCAACCCUAGUUCAUGUGGCACUGUUUCACGGAAGAGCUAUUUUGAAGCAAAGCAAAUCGGCAAUGAAGAACGCGAAAAUGGAUAUACAUGAGAAAUUGAUGAAAAAUUACAAACAAGUGCCUGAGUGGUGGUUCCUUGUUUUGUUAGCUGUGAGCGUCGUCCUGUCCCUGGUGAUGUCUUUUGUAUGGAAAGAAACUGUGCAGCUGCCAUGGUGGGGUUUGUUGUUUGCCUUUGUCUUGUCUUUCAUCGUUACCCUCCCUGUUGGAGUCAUUCAAGCUACCACUAACCAACAACCUGGAUUUGAUAUCAUAGCACAAUUCAUGAUUGGGUAUAUUCUACCAGGAAAACCAAUUGCAAACUUGCUUUUCAAAAUGUACGGACGAAUCAGCACUGUCCACGCUCUUUCUUUUCUGUCUGACCUCAAACUUGGGCACUAUAUGAAGAUUCCACCUCGGUGCAUGUACACUGUUCAGCUGGUGGGAACUCUAGUUGCCGGUAUUGUGAACCUCGCAGUUGCAUGGUGGAUGCUGGAAAACAUCGAGAACAUAUGCGAUGUUGAAUCCCGCAAUCCAAACAGCCCAUGGACUUGUCCUAAAUACAGAGUCACCUUCGAUGCUUCUGUUAUAUGGGGUCUAAUUGGACCAAGGCGACUGUUUGGACCCGGAGGAUUGUAUAGGAACUUGAUGUGGCUAUUCCUUGUUGGAGCUUUGUUGCCGUUUCCAAUUUGUUCAAUGAGCAAAAUCUUCCCAGACAAGAAAUGGAUUCCCUUGAUCAACAUGCCAGUCAUCACUUAUGGCUUUGCGGGGAUGCCGCCUGCAACUCCCACCAACAUAGCAAGCUGGCUUAUCACCGGAGGUAUCUUCAACUACUUCGUGUUCAAAUACCACAAGCGUUGGUGGCAGAAAUACAACUAUGUCCUGUCUGCAGCUUUGGAUGCCGGGACAGCUUUCAUGGGUGUCCUCCUAUUCUUCGCCUUGCAGAAUCCGAAGCACGAAUUGAAAUGGUGGGGGACUGAACUCGAUCAUUGUCCUCUGGCGACAUGCCCCAUUGCGCCAGGUAUUCACGUUGAAGGAUGUCCAGUUUUUUAAAUAGCCAUGAAAUGGUGGAACAAAGAGAUAUUUGAAGAAUAAAAGCUAAGGAGGAGGGCUAUCGUCGUAGUUAUGGAGGAAGGGAAGAUGGUGUGCUCUUAGCAAAUGGUUGGGAAUUGUUCAGGGUUGGGAAUUGUUCUAGUUUUUAAUGCUUUACAGUAUAACCGAAAAUGUAUCAUUCAGAUAAAAUGUAUGGGUGUUCUUGUUUAUUAUCUUGGAAUCAAUUUAAUAUGAAUGAAUGGGUAUAAUUUUACGUUUCU